CGGGAAGGUAAUUGGGCUGCUCACCAUUUGGCCCAGGAGAGAGUUGAUAGCCCAAAAUUCAUUUUUAGCCUUGAUAUACUUCCCCCUAUUGUUAAAAGAGCUUAUUGGAUGGAUUAUUUUGGAAUUCCCUCUUUUAGAUUCUAAUUCUUGUCGAUUUAUUUUUCGGGUUUUGGCUUGGUCCCCCCGAAUUGUAUUUUUGUACUCAUCCUUUAAUAAAAUUAUGGCAUAUGUCCCCCGUCAUUUGCCCCACUGAUUUUGGUGGUUUGCCUUCCGGGGUAAAAAAAAAUUAAAACUCACAAGCCUUCUUGAGAUUCAAACUCCAUUCAUUCACAAGAAAGACGGACGUUGGGAAGAUAAUAUUUUCCUAUCCUCACAUCCCAACAAGAGCAAAGUUCCAACGGUUCUUCAACACUUCAAGCACUUCAACUACACAUCAUUUGUGACGAAGCAAGUUGGAAAACCCACAAGAACUCUUCUUUAAAUAGAAGGACGUUCAAGUAACUGGAGUAGUGAAGUGGAGAUACUUCAAGAAAGCUCAGUGAAAGAACUAAUCUCAAAGGAAACAAUGAAGUGAAUCCCAGGAGACAUCUAAGUUUGAAGAAGACAUGGAGAACCACGAAGAUGAAGAGAGAGAAUCUCCAUCUUCUCUCUAAAACACCUAGCAAUAAAUUCUAAAGACAAUGAAUUUCCGGCAAUGCAGCCGCCGGAAUAAAGAACCUUUAUUCAAGGGUAAUCAAUACAAUACACAAAGGUUCAGUCAAUGCUCCAGCUACAGAGAUGUUUCACCAUUCCGUUAUCUGCAGCCCCAAUACAGAUCCUCAAUGGGCAGAAUCAACAAGAAUGAGGAGGAAGCACCAACAGGAUUUGGCUUCCGACAUCCUAACGCAUGCCCCUGGCGCUGCAUCAAUCAACUACACAGGCAAUGCUUUGAAGGAAUCGACCACAGGCACAGCGUACAGGGAGACCACUCAAGUAGUUACGCAGCUCCUUAUCACAAAUCCAGGUAUCACCAUAACUCCAAAUCGAACUUGGCAAAGUACGACUCUGAAACAGGGCCUCACUACCUGGUACGGCGAUGAGAAGCUCGGCCACAUCCCCACUCCUUUAACAGCCUCACCAUAGGGGAAACCUCAGGCGGGUGGCGCACCAUCAACAGGAAACGUCGCAAGUUUGUCCGUUCUUACCAGUUCAACUCUGCGCACCAACACACCAUCGCAGAUAAGUUCAGAGAUUCUGGUAACUCCAAUAGAUUUCAAACCUUUAUUGAUUUAUCUCCACAAAUAGGUGAACUGGACAAUCAUCCCUUCAAUGAUUACCAGACACCUUGGGAAGAUGAUUUCGUAGAGGUGAGAAGAAUCCCAAACGUCCGGAUAUCUAAUACAAGAAACGCAGUCAAUCGCACAGCUGGGAACUCACCGAAGUACAUCGGCUCCACCCGAAGACCAGGAAUCUCUUCGCCGGAGGCCAGAACACAGCCAAUCGAGGGCAAUCUUCACCAACGAACUCCGGAACUCAGAAUCAAGGAAAUCUCUAAGCCAAACCCUCCACCACUUGCAGCGAAGGGGGCGUUCACAGAUUUGUCAGUCGUCGGCAGUGAAGAUGUGGUGGGGACUCUAUCACCUGCAACGGCUGCAAGGCAUCGAGCAUUCACAUGGGCGGAUUUAGUCAAGGACGUCACGGACAAAGGGAAAGCAGGCGUACCACAGGUCACGGAGGGCCCUGCGCUCUAUUCAGGCUACACGAAAAUAAUUCAAUCCUCUGAUUAGGCGGGUCCCUCCGGAUCAAAAAAUCAAACUGGUAUUACGGAAAGGGUCGAAGUAAACCACGCAGCAGUUGAUUUACUCAAAGUUGGUGAAAAAUUUCCCGUUCUUUGGAGAAUAUGGAUUUGACUUGGUCAGAAUUGAAAGUAAAUCCUUUAAAUUCGUAGUGAAAAACGGAGACUUCUUAAGUACUAGGACUAAGGCUCUGUAAUUGGAUUUUUUACAAGCUUAAUGGAACAGUGGAUUAGAGGAACGAGUUAUUCCUUGAAUCACUAUAAAAAUCUCUGGUGUCAUUACGUACUCC